CAGUGCGCGAGGUCACCAGCCAGUGGGCCUUGGUCACUCCCCACAGCACAGCAGGCUCAUGGGCAGGAAACUCAAGCGGUGACUUCGGCCUGUGGGGCCAUCACCGGGGGGAAAGUCAAAGGGUCACUUAAGUGGCCCUAAGUGGCCAUGCUGAAGCAUCCACAGGAAGUCCUAGGAAAUGAAGACUUACGGACAUGGUAAACGAGACAGACCGGUUAUAAGAUGCCGCCUCCUGGCCAGAGAAGAGGGGCCCCCCCGGAACCUCUCCACACCAAGCUGCCGCCUUUGGGUCACCUGGAUGUCAGCAUGGCAACCACAACCCUGGAGAACCAGCUGCUCAGCGCACAGAAGAGCCUCCUGUUUCUGCAGCGGGAGCACGCCAGCACGCUCAAGGGGCUGCAUGCUGAGAUCCGGCGGCUGCAGCAGCACUGCGCAGAUUUAACAUAUGAGCUGAUACUCAAGAGUUCGGAACAGCCAGGAGAUGGGGCCUCCAGAAGUGCAGAGCUCAAGAGGCGCUGCUCGGAGCUGGAGGCCCAGCUGCAGGCCAAGGAGGGGGAGAACAGCGAGCUGCUGCGCAGGCUGGAGCAGAAGAAUGCCAUGGUCGCCGUGCUGGAGAACACCGUCAGGGAGCGGGAGAAGAAGUACCUGGAGGAGCUCAAGCUGAAGACCCACAAGCUGAGCCUGCUGUCGGCCGAGCUGGAGCAGCGCGCCAGCACCGUGGCCUACCUCGCCUCGCAGCUGCACGCCGCCAAGAAGAAGCUGCUGAGCUCCGGCGGCGCCUCGGACGCCAGCCCGGCCGGCAGCCCCGCGCUGGCCAGCUACAAGCCGGCUCCGCCCAGGGACAAGCUGCCCGAGACGCCGCGCCGCCGCAUGAAGAAGAGCCUGUCGGCCCCGCUGCACCCCGAGCUCGAGGAGGUCUUCAGACUCGGGGCCGAGAGCCGCAAGCUGCUGCUGCGCGAGCCGGUGGAUGCCAUGCCCGACCCCACGCCGUUCCUGCUGGCCCGCGAGUCGGCAGAGGUCCAGCUCGUCAAGGAGCGGCCGCUCGUCAUCCCGCCCAUCGCCUCGGACCGCGGCGCCGGCGCCGGCGAGAAGCCACAGAAGGCGCACGUAGGCUUGGCCCACCGCACCCGCCACGCCAGCCCGCCGCAGGCGCAGCUCGAGGUGGAGACGCUGGUGGUGGACCAGGUGAACGGGGCCCGGGGAGUGCGGAAGCACCCAGGGACGGACAGAACUGUGUGACCCGCGGGCACUCGCCCGGCCUCAUGCCCGUGCAUGCCACGUUGUUCUCGGACCUGCUCUUCCUGCCCACACCAAGACACGAGCACCCGCCGCGCCGCGCAACACGUGUUUGUGACACCGGCCAAGCCCGCGCCGACCGCGACCGCCUGCUUCCAGUCCCGCCUGUGCGAGCUCAGCGCGCGAAGUUCCCCACAGCAGAGAGCCCAGCCCACGAGGAGCAGGGCAGCAGUUCCCUGGCUCCCCGCCCCCGUUCACAGGGCAGCCUGCACGGAGCACCCCGCGCCUCCCGAGCCCUCCCAGGGCGGCGCCACCUGUGUCUCGGGACCUCAGUGAGGUGCGCUUCUCCUCAGCACCCCAGCCUGAACGUGUCUCCGAGGGUUUUGUUAGUUUCAUCCAAAAUGUUCAAGAUCCCAACAAACUUUUAUUUUCUAA